AUGCUGGCUACACGUCUAUUCGGACGUAUACCAGUUGCGACUACGACGCUCAAACGAGUGUCUUGUCUUCGUUUAUUCGCUGGCGUAGCAAGUGGUACCGGUGCAUUGACAGUUGCAUGGAAGCACUAUCGAGUACAUGCCGCCGCCCAACCACCGCCAUCGGCAACAUUCGAAGUUUCUAAACUACAACCAGUUGUACAUGAAAAAAAGGAGAAGAAGCCAAUAUCAGAUAAAUUCGAUUGGAGCUUAUUUUGGUCUUACUUACGGCCACAAAUAUGGAUUAUAGCAUGUGCAACAGCGACUGCUCUUGUCGUUGCUUACUUGAAUGUUGCGAUUCCACUAGAAUUAGGAAAUUUAAUCAACGCCGUUUCAACUCUACUUACUUCUUCGCCAUCAGCUAUCGACUUCAAGCAAAUCUUAUCCAAACCAACCUAUAGACUCAUUGAAUUAUAUAUCUAUCAAUCCCUUGCUACAUUUGAAUACAUUACCCUUUUAUCCAUUGCUGGUGAACGUAUGGCUGCUGCCAUUCGUCGAGAUCUUUUUCAGAACGUUCUAAAACUUGACAUGGAGUUCUUUGAUCGCACCAAAACAGGAGAAAUUAUGGACAGAUUGACAUCAGACGUUCAAGAGUUUAAAUCAAGUUUUAAAUUACUUAUUUCCCAAGGUAUGCGUGCAUCCACCCAAAUUGUUGGUUCUGCCAUAUCACUCUAUUAUAUAUCGCCAACAUUAGCUACUCUUGCUGGUCUGGUUAUUCCGAGUAUCAUUGCGGGUGGAACAUUGUUCGGCUCUUUACUACGGCAAUUAUCUCGACAGGCACAAGUACAAUUAUCUAAAUCGACUGGUAUUGCAUACGAAGCUAUUGCUAACAUUCGAACUACUCGAGCAUUCGGUGCGGAAAUAAAAGAACACGAGAUGUUUGAAAGCGAAGUGAAUAAAGCUCGUGAUCUUAAUAUUCGUCUAGGUGUUGGUAUUGGUAUCUUUCAAGGUUUGAAUAAUUUAGUUAUGAAUGGAAUUGUUUUGAGUACAAUCGCGUUGGGCGGACAGUAUGUUUCUGAAAAUCGCUUAUCUGCUGGUGACUUAAUGGCGUUUCUUGUUGCUACGCAAACUAUUCAACGAUCGUUGACACAAAUAUCAGUUUUGAUCGGACAAGCUAUCCGUGGCAUGUCUGCUGGCGCAAGAAUCCAUGAAUAUCAAAAAUUGAGUAGUUCGAUUCCAUUGCAACAAGGCGGUCGCAUACCGUAUCAUUCGAUAUUUGGAGAAGUUCAAUUUUCGAACGUUUCUUUUGCUUAUCCAACACGAGAUCAGCAGAUGGUAUUAGAAAACUUCGACUUUACGAUUCCAAGUGGCAAAACAGUUGCAAUCGUUGGUCCAUCCGGAUCAGGUAAAUCAACGUUAUGUUCAUUACUUGUUCGCUUCUACGAUCCAUUGAAUGGUAAAAUUAUGGUUGAUGGAAAGGAUAUUCGCACAUUGAAUGCAACAUGGCUUCGAUCCAACCUUGUAGGAAUGAUCAAUCAGGAACCAACGCUGUUCUCAACAACAAUCAUGGAAAAUAUCCGUUUCGGUAAAUCGAAUGCUACUGAUGCCGAAGUCAUCGAAGCAGCGAAAUUAGCAAUGGCACAUGAUUUCAUUCAAUUAUUUCCUGACGGAUAUCAAACUGUUGUUGGUGAACGUGGUGUCACUGUGUCAGGUGGUCAGCGACAACGGAUUGCUAUUGCUCGUGCACUACUUAAAAAUCCAUCGAUAUUGAUUCUUGACGAAGCUACGAGUGCACUCGACGCUGAAUCCGAAAAGCAAGUGCAAUCAGCUAUCAACAAUGUGGCCAAAGGUCGUACAACAUUGAUAAUUGCACAUCGAUUAAGUACAAUACGCAAUGCAGACAUCAUCGGCGUGAUGCUCCAUGGAAAACUCGUUGAGAUGGGCACUCAUGCUCAAUUGAUUGCUAAACCAAAAGGCGUCUAUGCUGAACUGAUGCGUAUCCAACAAUCCGGUAUUGAUAUUCUUUGA